GACCGAGCCCCCCACCCGGGCACCAGGCCCCCUCCCUGCCCACCACCACGGAGACGGUGGAGGACAGCCAGCCCCUCCGGCCCUGGCCUGGCCCAGCGGGGGUGGUGAGCACCUACCUGCCCCUGGCUUGGUGCCCAGACAGGCCCAGGGAUCUCUCUUUACCCUCCCAGCGCAUGAGCAGCCCAGCCUGCUGACCACCACUGCACACCCACCUGUCCCCCCACGGCUACACCAUGUCUGGCUCCUACGACGAGGCCUCGCUAGCUCCGGAGGAGACCACUGACAGCUUCUGGGAGGUGGGGAACUACAAGCGGACGGUGAAGCGCAUCGACGACGGCCACCGCCUGUGUAACGACCUGAUGAACUGCGUGCAGGAGCGCGCCAAGAUCGAGAAGGCCUACGCACAGCAGCUCACCGACUGGGCCAAGCGCUGGCGCCAGCUCCUCGAGAAAGGGCCACAGUAUGGCAGCCUGGAGCGGGCCUGGGGUGCCAUCAUGACGGAGGCGGACAAGGUGAGCGAACUGCACCAGGAAGUAAAGAACAAUCUGCUGAAUGAGGACCUGGAGAAGGUCAAGAACUGGCAAAAGGAUGCCUAUCACAAGCAGAUCAUGGGCGGCUUCAAGGAGACCAAGGAGGCUGAAGACGGCUUCCGCAAGGCCCAGAAGCCCUGGGCCAAGAAGAUGAAGGAGCUAGAGGCAGCGAAGAAGGCCUACCAUCUGGCCUGCAAAGAGGAGAAGCUGGCCAUGACACGGGAGAUGAACAGCAAGACGGAGCAGUCAGUGACGCCCGAGCAGCAGAAGAAGCUGCAGGACAAAGUGGACAAGUGCAAGCAGGAUGUCCAGAAGACGCAGGAGAAGUAUGAGAAGGUGCUGGAUGACGUGGGCAAGACCACCCCCCAGUACAUGGAGGGCAUGGAGCAGGUGUUCGAACAGUGCCAGCAGUUUGAGGAAAAGCGGCUGGUCUUCCUCAAGGAGGUGCUGCUGGACAUCAAACGUCACCUAAACCUAGCUGAGAAUAGCAGCUAUGUCCAUGUGUACCGGGAGCUGGAGCAGGCUAUCCGGGGGGCCGAUGCCCAGGAUGACCUCAGGUGGUUCCGCAGCACCAGCGGUCCUGGUAUGCCCAUGAACUGGCCCCAGUUUGAGGAGUGGAACCCAGACCUUCCUCACACUGCCACCAAGAAAGAGAAACAGCCCAAGAAGGCAGAGGGGGUGACGCUGACCAAUGCCACUGGAGUGGUGGAGACCACAUCCCAGGCUGGGGACCGUGGCAGCGUUAGCAGCUACGACCGCGGCCAGCCUUAUGCCACCGAGUGGUCAGAUGACGAGAGUGGGAACCCAUUUGGGGGCAAUGAGGCCAACGGGGGCUCCAACCCCUUCGAGGACGACGCCAAGGGAGUGCGUGUGCGUGCGCUCUACGACUACGACGGCCAGGAGCAGGAUGAGCUGAGCUUCAAGGCUGGAGAUGAGCUCACCAAGCUGGGCGAGGAGGACGAGCAGGGAUGGUGCCGCGGGCGGCUGGACAGUGGGCAGCUGGGCCUCUACCCCGCAAACUACGUGGAGGCCAUCUAGCUCCCCUGCUCCUCUCCACACCCCCCUCACCCCUCGUCCACUGCCUCCCCUCCCUUCUCUCUCGUCCCUCUUCCCUCGCCAUAGAGUUCCAGACAUAUUUUCCGAUCAAGCUUUUAUUUUUUUAAAAGUCAAAACAGAACAAAACAAAAAAUACAGAGACAGAAGCAUUUGCAGGGCCGCCUGGAGGCCAGGGUGGUGGGACUCAGGGUGAUGGCCCCAGGGUAGGUGAGGGUCUUAGUACUUAGCCCAACAGAGACAUUACUUCUGCUCUUCAGAUCCCACCAAAGAGUCUCCUGAGCCCUGAGGGAUGUCUCCUGGACCCGCACUCCCCACAGACUAAGCUUCCCAACCCCAGGCUGCCAGCACCUGUUCCCCAUCCUCUCCUGGGGGCCUGCUUUCCCGACCUCUUCCUUCUGUCCCGCCAUGCUCCUCUCCCUCCACCACCCUACUGUCAAAGGCCUCCCCUUCAGACCCCAGAGAAGGGGGUCCUCCCAGUCUUCAGUCUUCCACUUUGCCCUGGGGAGUACCCUUCUUCCCCUGGCCUCACCCCUAAGGACUGGUGGGCCUGGAGGAGGAACAGUCGCUGUCUUCUCCCAUAGCGAUGUCCUGGGGUCCCUAGACGCCCCCAGACGUGACGGGGUGAGCUGGAGUUGGUGACAGUGUCACUGGGGUAUAGAAGGAUGAGUGUAGGGGGGCCAGGCCCUCAGCAACCCCAGCACCAGGCUCAGCUGUGGCACCAAGACCCGCUUGGGGCGCUUCUUUCCAGCUGUUGGCGAUUUGGGCACAGGCUCUUGCUUGGAGUCACCCUUCAGUGACUUGCAGAAACCCUGCCCCUCUCUCCUAAGUCCUCAGGCAGGGGGAGAGGCCUCACAGCCCAGGGCAAAGCCAGCAACUGUAGCAGCCUCCUCCCGUUCCCUGGGGAGAAGGGCACCUUGCCCAACCACACCUCUGACCCUCCCUGUGCACCCCCUCCUUGUGAAUCUUCCUAGAUUCACUAAGUUCAGCCAGCACCCACCCCCCCAACCGCCAACUCGCCCUUUUGCCAGACAGCCUUGUGGCCUCCCAUCCCUCUCUCCCCUUCUCUGGCCUUCCCAAGAAGAUGCUGCAGGGUCCAAGGGAUUUUCCAGCCUGGGACCACUAGGAACACAGUAGCACCAAUGGGAAAGAUGUGGCUUUGGCAAGAAGGAGGCUCCCAGGCUCUCCGGAGCAGGACAGUCACAGUGUCUUUCUUCCUUGUCCCGUCCUCAACUGGUCCUUGCCCCUAGAGCAGCAUUCCCCCUGCUGGCAGCCCCUCCGUAUCUCUAGGCCUGGGUCUCAAAGGACUUUUUGGGAGGUGGGGGGUGGGGGUAGAGGAGGCAAAGGACCUGCCCAGAGUCAGAGUGUUUCCUGUGGUUGGUGAAGGAAAGCAGGGUUGGGUUACCAAGUAUUAGUACCAGGUACCAGCUUCUCCCACACAUGUGGGCACAGGGGCUUGAAGCAGACCAGACCAGGGCAGGACAAAAACCUCAAGGCAGCCGGGGUGGGGGGUGGGGGGGUGGCUGGAAGAGGAGUCUCUCGGAAACCUCUGGGACUUCUUGUAGCACCAGGAGAGCUUCUGAGCCUCAGGGCUGCAGAGACCCCACCCCCUUCUACAGCACCUGCUGCCCAGGUGAUACCCCAGCCUUCUGGCACCCCUCAGUCCUUCUGCUCCGGCUGCUUCUGCCAUCAGUCCACUUUCAGGUGGUGGACCCCAGUCUCCAGGCCCUGACCCUGUUGGCGUGUGCACGGAGGAUCCCGGCAGACUCUGCAGAGCUCCCUAAGGGUCAGGAGAGUUGGAGGGUGGGGGUGAUGGCACCCCCAGGGACAGGUGGACUCCCAUUUCUUGCUACUGUCUGCUCUCUGGGCGUCUGCUGCAGCCUGAGAUGUGCCCUAGGCCCCUCAGAGCCCAAAGCAGGAUUUCGGAAGCCCUCUGCCCAUCUGACUCCAGACCAAAAGCCUCUCCUCCGGGUGGGAGUUGGGGUUGGGAGUCUUUGCCCUUCACCAUGGACCCUUGGAAGGCAGGAAGCUGGCACAUCUGCGCCUUGGGGCCUGGGCUCUCCUUGUCUGUGCCAGUGGCUUUCAAGCACCUGGGGAGGGCCUGGGGUCCCUGCUGGAUCCCAGGCCUGUCCCCCUCAGCACUCCAGCUGCCCUUUCUGGGGCAGGGACUUGAGAUCCCAUUCUUUCUGAGCAACCACCUCCAUGGCCCAAUUUGGGACCACUCUCUCUUAGUCCCCUGGCUCCUCAGGACCCCGGAGUGGGAGGCUUUCCCACCUGGCCGUCCGCCCCACCCCGAGCUCUAGGGGCCUAGCCCCACCCGUCAGUGCUGGUGUCAGGGCACUCACCACCAAGCGUGGGGGCCGCACCCCUCACCGUGCCCACCAUCUCUUGUAGCCCCUACCUGCACCCUCAAUGCUGCACGGGCCCGCCCCAUGGGGCUCGGCAACUAAUGUGUUUUGUCCCCAGUUAAUCACCAUUCUACAGCCUGGCUCUGCAAGGGGCUGGGGCUGCCCUGCUGCCCGCCAUCUGCUGCCCUAGGCUUCCUGACUCCAUUCGUCCAACACUUGUGACACUCCGAGAAGUGCUGUGGUCUCAGCAAUGCACCUGUUUUGUACAUGAUUGUGUAAUUUAAAGGUAUAUAAAUACAAAUAUAUAUAUAUAUAUCAGUUGUGAUCGUAUGACUGUGGAUAAAAUCCAGAACUGUGUCAACCUA